CAUAUGCUUGUCAAAUGAUCAUUCACUCGCUUUUCUAUAAAAUAGUGACUACGAUUUCAAAGUUUCAUCGACGCUUAUCACAGAUUUUUUUUCGCGAGAGUGUAGUUUUAUUUGUAAUAAAAUAGUUAUAAUUAAAAAUAGUUACAAUGAACAAGGGUGCUCCCAAAUUACGCACAAUGCAUCCAGCGAUCAGUCUUUAUGAGGAUAACACUAUCGCGGUUUUUCAACCUUCUUUUCUCUCUAUAAUAGAUGAUCCUGAUAAUAUGUUUGAAACACCCUACAUUGUCAGUGAGAAGCCGCUGAAACCAUGCGAGGUCUUUCUCGUGGAAUUAACGAAACGCAGAUCAGACAUAAAAUACAUUAAUCUUUUGCAAUGUUGCCUCGUUGAUCGCGUUGAAGAUCCGCAGAAUCACAGAUUUUUCAUAAGUUUACGAUCUUCUUAUACAAGUUAUCCGUUUGUUACUCAAGACCAAAGGGAGCGGUUACUUAGGAAAUUGUUCGAAAAUCAAGAAAUACCGCAACCAUCUUGCAGUGAAGUUCUAUUCAGUAUCUUGCGUCGGCACGUGCUUAGUAUAUAUGAAAAGAAAGUACUCCUUCAAGAUAGCCAAACGGACUUGCUACAUCGUCACCUUGUAGGCAUAUUUUACUACCAACUUCCUCACAGAGACGACACUUUUAUAUACGUAGUGGACAAAUAUGCCGUACAUCAAAGCCAGUUUCUCUUACCUUCGAGAGAACAAAAAUAUUUGCUGAUUCAGUUAAACAAAUUUGUACUGCAAUUGCGGACGCUCCCGGUAUAUGACGUACUGUCGUUACAAGGUUUAUGCCGCGAAGUAAUUUUCCAGUGCAUUAGGGUGAAAGGAAAAUUAAUGACGAAAUCUUUAAAGAAGCUACCAUUACCGGGAUGUAUACUUGAACGCCUGCUGAUCUACGCGGUCGAUUAUAAAAUACAUACAUCGUAAAGUACAUACAGAUGCGUUUACCAUUGACAAAAUAAUUAUAAUAUUACAUAUAUUAUAAUAAUAUGACAUAAACAAUAUA